CUGGUCCGGGACGCGUCGUCCGAGGCGGCGCGCGAUGUGGGCUGCGGGCUGGCGGCGCGCGGCGGCCGGCGCGGGCCCCCGCGGACACCGCGCGCACUCGGCGCUGGCGCAGCUGAGCGGGAUCUUGGAGGCGGAGCUGAAAGGGAUCCAGGAGUCUGGGUUGUGGAAGAAUGAGAGGGUCAUCACCUCCCCGCAGGGCUCGCACGUCCACGUGGACGGCGUGUCCGGAGGAAUCCUCAACUUCUGUGCCAACAAUUACCUGGGCCUGAGCAGCCACCCUGAGGUGAUCCAGGCAGGUGUGCAGGCUCUCAAGGACUUUGGAGCUGGCCUUAGCUCCUCCCGCUUCAUCUGUGGGACCCAGACCAUCCACAAGAAUCUAGAAGCCAAGCUAGCCCGCUUCCACCGGCGGGAGGCAGCCAUCCUUUUCCCCAGCUGUUUUGAUGCCAACGCGGGUUUCUUUGAGGCUCUGCUGACCCCCGAGGAUGCAGUCCUGUCAGAUGAGCUGAACCACGCCUCCAUUAUCGACGGUAUCCGACUGUGCAAGGCCCAGAAGUAUCGUUACCGCCACCUGGACAUGGCUGACCUGGAAGUCAAGCUGCGGGAGGCCCAGAAGCACCGGCUGCGCGUGGUGGCCACCGAUGGAGUCUUCUCCAUGGAUGGUGACAUCGCGCCCCUGCGGGAGAUCUGCCGCAUCGCCUCUCGAUACGGCGCCCUGGUCUUCGUGGAUGAGUGCCAUGCCACUGGCUUCCUGGGGCCCACAGGACGGGGCACAGACGAGCUGCUGGGCGUGAUGGACCAGGUCACCGUUAUCAACUCCACAUUGGGGAAGGCGCUGGGUGGAGCAUCAGGGGGCUACACCACAGGCCCUGAGGCCCUGGUGUCUCUGCUCCGGCAGCGUGCGCGGCCCUAUAUCUUCUCCAACAGUCUGCCACCUGCUCUUAUUGGCUGUGCCUCCAAGGCCUUGGAUUUGCUCAUGGGCAACAACACCCUUGUCCAGUCUAUGGCUGCCAAAACUCACCGGUUCCGCAGUAAGAUGCAGGCUGCCGGCUUCACCAUCUCGGGAGCCGAUCACCCCAUCUGUCCUGUGAUGCUGGGCGACGCUCGGCUGGCUUCUUGCGUGGCAGAUGACAUGCUCAAGAGAGGCAUCUUUGUCAUUGCGUUCAGCUACCCUGUGGUCCCGAGGGGCAAAGCCCGGAUCCGGGUACAGAUCUCAGCCGUGCAUAGCGAGGAAGACAUCGACCACUGCGUGGAGGCCUUCGUGGAGGUGGGGAGGCUUCAUGGGGUGCUGCCCUGAGUCCCGGGUGGGGACAAGCAGAACCAAGAUGUCUCUGCUGCCU